AUGACCGCCUGGUUUUGCGCUUCACCGGCGGUUGGGCUAGGGCUCCGAAACGCGGACAUCGACAUGGGGAUAAAAAAUCUGACUGGGUACGAUUUCGCAACUCGACUGUCCGAGUACAUCAGUACAAACAUGGAGAAGUACGGCCCCAAACCGAACAGUGUGCAAGAUCGAGAGCAACCCCAAGAAGUCCAAGUAUCUGGAGACUGCCAGUACGAAGAUUCUAGGGUUGGAUGUCGAUUUUGUUAAUCUGAGGAGUGAGUCGUAUUCUGGAGAUAGUCGGAUUCCGCAUAUGGUCUAUUCCGCUUUACCCUCAACUGUUUCACAAGGGGACGUUGACCUGAUGGCCCCAGGAAUUCAGAACCCCAAACCAAGAUGCCCACCGCUACGACUGCACAUCAACACCCUCUUUUACAAUCUACACUGAACUAGUGGAGGAUUUCACAGGCCUCGGCCUACAGGACUUGGCCGCCCGCCUAAUUCGCACUCCACUACCCCCGAAAGAAACCUCCCCCGACAACCUCCCCCACCUCCUCCGCCUAAUCCGCUUUGCCUCAUGCAUCGGCUUUACUAUAGUUCCUAAAGUCAAGGCCACCAUGAAACUCCUGGGAAUCAAGGCGUGUGACUUCUCCCCACAGAGGCAGAUUAUCACUUACACCAACUAAUCACCUCCCCCCUGUUUUACAGCCUGCCCUUAAAACCAAAAUCCCCCGCGAGCGCACCGGCAUCGGGAUUAUAAAAACGAUCAAAGGCUGCAACCCCCAUGCCUCCCUGAGCCUAAUCCACGAGGUGGACCACUACAACGAGAUAUUCGCCCCACCAAUCCAAGAACUCCCUCUCCUCCCAGUGAAAGAUAUGAAGAUAGCCGCGGACAUCGUGCGCCGCCGACUCUUCGGAUCCACCUCUUCACACCCGCACAUUUCCAAGCUCUCGACGACCACUAGCGAAAAGCGCCUUGCGUGGUUCAUCGUCGCCACGAGCCCCCAGAAAAACCAGCCCCUGUUCCUAGCCAACAAGAAGAACACGCCCGCCGCUGCCACAGACAUAAAAGAGGGUUUAAGGCAUCCCAACAGCAUGAGCGGGACAUGGCCAUUAACAUGGACCACUGGGUUAGAGGCAAAACGAGCCUGGAAAUGUGCACUUUAGGUACCAACUGGAAGAAUCAGGUUGGGUGCUUGCUUAAUGUUCGAACUCAUGGGCUUGGAGAAUUCGAGCGAUGAUGAGGUGAAGGAAAGAGGAGUAAUGGGUGGGUGCGAAACCUUUCUAAAAACCAUUGUGGAGAAAGGCUUGGAAGAGGCUUUCAAUUAAAGAGUUUGUUGACUAUAUCACCCCCGCUUCUUUCUUCCCGCAAUAGUGGAGCGGUAGCUAAUAACUGGGGUGGUCAGAGCAAUGACUCAGCAACAGAAUGCGCCCUCACCCCAGGAGCUUGGGUGAAACCUACCAUUGAGGAAUCCCUCCAACAUCAACUCGAUAAGCCAUACUAAGACAGGGAUGGGCUACUGCAGUGGGUUCGCGGGAACCGGCAGGCGCUGUUGGAUGGGGUGGGGUAUGUUGGUGUCGGCGGGGGGAAGGGGAAGCAA